AUGGCGAAAGACUCAAAAUCCAAUCUAGAUCAAACCUAUCAAACCUCAAUAGCAAGGAACCGAAAUACCCAUGCAUUUGGUUACCCACAAAUUCAAAGACCUUACAUGAUGAUGCCAUUUGGACUUGAUAGGCAUCAACAACAAUCCUACAAUUUUAAAUUAAAACAACUCUCGGACAAUGACGAUUUCGAGUAUAUCGGCCGUGAAAUGUUUGUGGAAGAAGUAAUCCCGUACGAACCGAUUGAUUUUCAAGACGGCGUUGAAUUAUUCCAAACAUUUACGCCUUUUCGUCCUUUAAUUGAGAAUAUAAUUCGUUUUGUCGAUUCUGCAAAAACUGCGUAUCGUGAAGCCGAGCAUAAUCGUCAAGCUUGCGCUAUUCUAUUAGACCGGUUAAAUUCAGCAAAAUAUGCCGUAGAAAGGUUAAAAACCCAAAAGUAUGAAAAAAUCACAUUCUUCUCCAAAGGAAAUUACAAGAUUCUUUGGCAAUUCCAAAAAAAUAUAGAAAAAAUUUUAAAUUUCAUGGAAGCGAUCUCACAAAUAAAAGGAAUCCGUAAAUUCAAGAAUCUCAGCGGUUAUAAAAUGAUCGAAGAGCAUUUUGAAAAGUUGACGACGGAGUUCGAUGAACAUAUGAAAAGUUUGAAUUUUACAACGAAUGAAGAUCCUCAACGUCAAAACGAUAAAGAUAUUUUAAAGAAUGAUCUAAAAAAAAUGCGUAUUUAUCUCGAUACUAUCCAAGGUGGUAUUACUACUCACAGAAAAGAAAUUUCUGAAAAUAUAGAAGUAGUCUCUACACUUAUCGAACUAUUUCAACAACAACUUACGCAUAAUCCCUAUGGUAAAUCACAACAAAUUUCCGUGCAAGAAGUUCUCGACGAACCUGAAUUGAAUCUCAAAGAUUUUAGUCAAAAGCUCUCCUCGAUUAAAAAAGUACAACGAAGAAAGCGUCUUAGAGACACAAUAGAUGUUGCAUGGGUGGAGAUAGAGACAAAGACACCUCCUCAGACUCAUCUUAAAACGCAAAUAGCAAUUCUGAAAAAACUUCAAGACAGCACUAAUAUCAUCAAAUAUCACGGGUUAGCGGAAGAAGCUGGGAAACGAUAUUUAGUCACCGAAUGGGCCGAAUAUGGAAACCUUAAAGAAACUUAUGUACGAAGAGGCCCACUGGAAUGGAGAAGGAAACUCGAUUUCGCAAUUGGUAUUUGUCGUGGUCUGACGUACUUGAGAGCUGUUGAAAUUAUUCAUCAUGAUAUUCGACCAGAGAAUAUUUUAAUCACGAGUCAGAUGGAGGCAAAAAUUGCCAAUUAUGGAUUUUUGCGUAAUAAUGUUAAUGAGUUGAGCAUUAUUCGAUAUAUAGCACCAGAAAGAUUAAAUGAUCCCAGUUAUCAAACUGAUUUUAGAUGUGAAAUCUACAGCUUGGGGAUGGUUUUAUGGGAGAUAGCAGAAGAAAGAGAACCAUUGGCUAAAAUUCGCCCUCAGGAGCUGCAUAAAGUUUUAAGAGAAAAUUAUCGUGAGGAAUUCAGUAAAAAUGACGUGCCUGCAGCAUGGAAAAAAGUCUACAGAUCAGCAACCCACAAAGAUCCUGAAUUUCGCCCAACUAUUACUGAUGUUUUCAAUGCGUUAUACCCGGUCUGGCAGAAAUUUAAGAAAGAAUUUAAUCCUUCAAUAGAGGAAAUAAAUGAAGCAUCAGCUUCUACAGAGACAAUGCCCAGACUGGUUAGCGUUGAAAUGACAGUCAACGAAGCAAUUACAGAACAUAGAAAAAAAUCUGAGAAUAGGGGUAAAAUAUUCGAAUGUUUCAGUGAAUACGCUGAACUGGGUGACCUCAGCGCAAAAUACUGGAAAGGAUAUUAUCUCUAUUACAAUGUUUUGGAAAUGGACGAUACAAAUAAAGAAGAACGAUUACAAAACGCUGCUAAAUUGUUUCGCGAAGCUGCGGAACAUGAUAUUCCAGAAGCUCAGCUUCGAUAUGGUCAUUGUCUUUGGCGGGGUGAAGGGAUCGAGAAAAAUAUUGAUGAAGCGAUUGAUUAUUUCCAGAAAGCCGCGCAUAAUGGAAAUCACACUGCAAUGUUCAAUAUCGGGAAUAUAUAUUAUAAUGGGAUUAACGCUGAGAAGGAUGAGAUUAAGGGCGAAUAUUGGCUCAGAAUGGCUGCAUAUGCCGGUCAACCCAAAGCUGUCGAAAUGUGUAAACAGAAAAAUAUUAUGUUGUGA